AUCAUUUGAAACUAGAGGCGCUAUCGGAAAAAGCACUGAAAAUUGGGGCAGAAAGACAAUAUCGAAAAUUAUCACCGAUAAAACCCCGAGAUUGCGAGGGCUUAGAACGACGCCGGUAGUCGCCGUGGUCGAUCCGAGAUAUUGAUUGUGGUCUCCAAAUUUUCCCUGUAAAGAAUUGUGCUUUUACCCACAUGCGAUGAAAGAGGAAUUGUGGAUGGUGAGAUUUGUUCUUCCACAUGUCUGAUUCAAAGUCAAGCCCUGGUGACGGUGCUAAUAAAACUGUGAAGAGAAGUCUUCCUUCGUGGAUGAGUGAUAGAGAAAAUGGAAGCAAAGCUCGUGGAAAGAGAUCAGUUGAUGGUGGCGGACAGGAGGAAAGUAAGGAGGGUGAGAAGCCUGAACAAGCUAAAGGCAAUGGUGGCAAAAGCAACAAUAGACCAGGAGCAUCCAAUUUGAGUACCUCGAACUUCUCCAACCUCCUGGAAGGGGUAGUCUUUGUAUUAUCAGGGUUUGUUAACCCUGAGCGUAGUACACUCAGGUCUCAGGCCCUGGAAAUGGGAGCAGAAUAUCAGCCUGACUGGAACUCAAAUUGUACCCUCCUGGUCUGUGCAUUUCCAAAUACUCCAAAGUUUCGUCAAGUUGAGGCAGAUUGUGGAACAAUUGUUUCAAAGGAGUGGCUAUCGGAAUGUUACAACCAGAAGAAGCUCGCUGAUAUUGAAAUUUAUCUUAUGCAUGCUGGGAAACCAUGGCGGAAAAGCAAUGUUCCCCAUGAAGACAAAAAUGAUGAGGAAGCUGCCCCACCUAGUAAUUCUAAAAUGCAAGUUGAAAGAGGAUUGCGUUCAAAGUCGACUGCCUCCAAGAGUGGAUCUAAUCCAGCUAAAGAUCUCUUUUCUCCUUCAGAAGUGAAGAAAUGGGCUAUUGAUGAUUUGCAUAAAACCAUCUCUUGGCUGGAUAUUCAAGAAGAAAAGCCAGAGCCAAGUGAAAUAAAGAAAAUAGCGGCUGGAGGGAUAUUAACUUGUUUACAAGAUGCCAUAGACUCUCUUGAGCAAAAGCAGGAUAUCUUGGAAAUGACCAAAGAGUGGAACUUUAUCCCACGGGUGGUUGAGGAGCUGGUGAAGCUUGAAAGCACCAGAAACAGCCAUUCCUCUCUCUCAAAGGCAGAUCUCUACAAACACGCAGUCACCUGUAAAGAAAUCUACGAGGCGGAAUUCAGCAGUUUAGAUGAUGACGCAUUGGCAAAUAAGAAACAACCAAAGACCGGUAGUGGAGAGAAGGGGAAGAAGAAGAUGACCAAAGUCACGUCCAGCAAUGCAGCUGGCUACGACAGCGAUGAAACUGUUGAGAUGACAGAAGAAGAAAUCGACCUUGCUUACAAUACUGUAGCAUCUGCAAUUUGUAAAUAGAGAGUAAACUAAAAGCUGGGUGAAACUGCAGAUGGAACUUCUUUUGUGAAAGUGAAUGGUUUCUUAUGCUCGCUUCAAUGAAAAGUAAGGUCAAAGCAAAACUCUUUCUGCAGCUC